GAAACCGUGCCACUAUCUAUUUGGGGAUCACUCUAAAUGGAUCCCGACACGUGCUUGGCAUUGCUUGUGCAUUGCUUGUGCCCGACCUAAGGGGAUGGACACCAAGUUCGGUGGCCGAUUGGAGAGGGAUCUAUUUGGAGGUCUAUCUCGAGAAGGUCAAAAAGAGGAAGAUCAAAUGCUGCCCCUGCCGACGCAAGAACCAAAACAAGCAACGGAAGGCGCGCACCGGCAUCGAAGAUGAAGCUCGAACCAUGCGAUGGCGCGUGCUGAACAAAGAAGGCUUCCUGCAGGCGCUCUUCUACUUGGAAUACGACAAGAAGCGGCGGCGGAAGGGCGACCAGCUCAUCAUCACUGCUGAUGUGAUGAUGGUGACCGAGAUGGGACAGGCCAAUGGUGAGAAGGUGGCGACCUACAAAGGCACCAUGCAGGUGGGCACUUGGGGGACAGUGUAUCUCUAUGACUGCGAGAGGCAAGACUCUGUGCAAGGAGAGAGCGAGAAGGUGAAAACCUUCUUUACCCUAGAGACGCGGCCCAUCUCUGCCCGGCCCUUCAAGCUGGAGAACGCCAAGCCUUGGGAUGACAAAACGUCCUUGGCGAUGAUCAUGCGCGCCGCGAAGUACGGCCGACGAACCAGUGUUCAGGGCAACAUCAUCAGCCGUCUGAACCUGACGUCCCCAAAGGGACAUCAGAAGCACAAGCUGAAAGAAGAAGAGGAGCGCGGUGAAUCCAAGAAGAGCCGGAAGAGUAUCUGGUCCGUUGGGUCCCUCCUGAGGAAGCAACCCACGGACGAGAUUAGUCAGGAGUCCCACGAUGAGGCUGAUGAGCUUAUGAAUCCUCAGUCGGCGGGGGGCGAUUCUGCCUGGACCAUCGACCUGAAGCCUCUGGUGCGCUUGCGCGCGGAAGAUAGGAAUGCCCUGCCAGAGGGAGUGGAAGAGGUGGAUGUGGACGUGGCCCUUCAGAGCACCGUGAGUCGCAAUUCCACGCAGCUUCGCUCCUUCUUGGACAAGUUCCUCGAGCUGAACGAGUCCGAGACCCUCGGGGAGCCGAAGCGGCAACAACGGCACUGGCUCUUGCAGAGGAAGGUGAACACCUCCUCGUCCUUCUCGGCUGCACUGCUGGAGGAAUGCAACCGCGAGUGGAAGCCCACGGACUGGCAAGUCAUGUGGCAUUCUGGCAAGGGGCCGAACAUCAAGGGCCAGCAGGGCCAGCCCUGCAUCAGCGAGGGUCAGGAUGUGGUGCCAUUGAUGGAAGCGGAAUUCCGCCGGGAUUGCGUGGUCUUUUACAAUACCCUCUUCCCGAGCGUCGACUCCUCGAACUUCCAGCUGCUUCGGGAUAUCUACCUCUCGGAUGACGGGCCGGUGCGCUUCCGCAAGGCGGGCCUUCACUUCGGAGUGGAGGUUCAGAGCAUGAGAACCAGGAAGAGCGACUUCCAAGGAACGGACCUAGUUUCGGACAUGAUGAGGAAGGUGAUGUCCAGGGUGUCAGCCAGGCCCAUGGGCAAGAUGCUCCAGUGGCAGUCCGUGGCCUCCUCGAGGCGGAGUGGCUAUGAUAACUCACCCAAUGGCCGCGAGGAGGACUUGGAGCUGGGCGACACGUGGCCCAGUUCGCCGGCUGGGCACCACAAGGAGGCCGGCAUGGGAUCGGCGACCAGCAGCACGAACAGCCAAGAUCUGGCACCGGCGCGGAGCCCAGAUCUGGCAUGUGAAGAAGUGCGGAAGGCGAAUGUGUCGGAGUCGGACGCCAUGUCCAGUCGGAGCCCACGAGAUGAGGCUCGCUCCGUGGUGGUGCCACCGCGAGCCCCCGAGACGGGUGCGGGUGCCCUUCUCGUGGUGAGCCGUCGGACUUCCCGACGAGAGGAGGUGCGUGGUGACGCUUUUGGGUUCUUGGACAUGGCCCUGAAGUCUAGCAGCGAAAAGAGUUCUCAGGACUGGCACAAAUUGCACGCCUUGCUGGCUGCAAAGGUGGGCAGUGUUCAAACAGGCUGCUUUGGAAGCGGCAUAAGCAGUGGCUGCUGCCAAUGCUGCUGCCGCGCCCUGUACCACCACGUCCUGCCGCUGGGGGGCCGUGAUGGCCAAAUCAAGCGCAGCAGGGGAGCCGUGGAGGUCUCCUUCCCAUGCCGGGCCCCACGACGAUUGAGCAACAACGCCGGACGUGGGGGCAACAUCUCAGCCGCAAACCUCAGUGGCCUGGAUGGCCCUUGCGGGGGCAAAGACUGGGAGAAGCCGCGAACCGGGACCUCCAGCACCUGGCACCCUCGUCGGCAGCGAGAGGGGCAAGUGCCUCAACAAUGGCUGACUGACAACAACCGGCAGCGCUGCAUGGUCUGUGGCCUCAGCGUCUCUGUCCGGUCUGGUGUCCACCCCACCGCCCGUGCUGCAUUCAGUGGUAGCGACGCUGGCCGCGCUGCUGCCGCCCUCACACUGCCCUCUCUGGAUGAGCUGCAGUCAGCACAAGGUCGCGCGUUGCGUCACAUCCCAGCCGCUGCCCGCUUCCUGUGGGGACAGGCUCUGGGUCGGGCCUUUGCUGCUGCUGCCCACCACAAUGAUUUGCGGACAUGGACAGAAUUGCUGAUGUUACCGCAGUGUGUGCUGUCAGCACCACCUCGGGCUGGCCGGCGCCACAGUCUCUGGGACGAUGCCGGCCGGCCACCUGGUGGGCCCAAGCCGCGUUUGAGUGUCGCCAAGAAACGCGAGUUGGCCAUCGACCUGGCCAGAGAAGGCUUUGACCGGAAAGCGUGCAAUGCCCUCCUGCAGAAUGGGCUUUGCCCUGAAACAGCCGACACUGUGGCAGCCCUCCGUGCUCUCCACCCUGCUCAGCCCAAACCCCGCUUGGACCUUGCCUCCUUGCCCUUGGCUGACGAGAUCUCCGAGGACCUUGUGGCCCGAGCACUCCGCAGCUUUCCAGCAGACACAGCCCCCGGCCCUUCGGGCCUCCGCGUGCAACACCUCCGUGAAGCAGGUGCGCCUGGCACCACCCACAGCUUGGUAGCUCACUUGGCCCGCUUGGUGAAUUUGAUGGCCCAAAGCCAGGUUUGCCCGGCAAUUGCCCCAGUGCUUGCUGGCGCCGGUCUGGUUGCCUUUCCCAAACCCAACCGCGGUGUGCGCCCCAUCGCUGUUGGCGAAAUCCUCCGGCGGCUCACAGGCAAGUGCCUCAUGCAAACCGUGCAGGAGGACGCUCGGCGGGCAUUUUGGCCGACGCAGCUGGGGGUGGGCAUCAAAUCCGGAGCUGAGAUCGGUAUCCACACUGUGCGGGCUUGGACCCAGCGGAACGGAACCGCCGCCAACAAAGUUCUCCUGGAUUUUGCCAAUGCCUUCAACCGCAUUUCCCGCCACCACGUCCUGGAGAGUGCGACAGUCCAGUUCCCUGGGCUUGCCCGUUGGGUCACAUGGUGCUACCAGGAGCCUUCUGCCCUGCGCUUUGGGACUGCUGUCAUCUCGUCAGCCGGUGGGGUGCAACAGGGAGACCCCUUGGGACCAUUGUUGUUUGCUACAGCCAUUCACCAACUCACUCAAGAACUCCGAGCCGGGCCGCUGGACCUCGCUCUUUUCUAUUUGGACGAUGGCAUCAUUGCGGGGGAUGUGGCAGCCGUUGGUGCUGCUUUGGGCCAUAUUCAAUCGCGUGGUGCUGCCUUGGGCCUGGCUUUGAAUGCCGCCAAAUGCGAGGUGGUUGCAGUUGGCCAGCUCCAACAUGCUGACCUGGUGCCGCACCUGCUGUCCGAGAUCCUCUCUGGCUGUGAUGGUUCCUCGCGGCUGCAACGGGAUUUCGAGUUUCUUGGUGGAGCAAUUGGUGGGGACGCCUUCGUUGAUGCCCACACCAAGGGGCGGGUUGAGGCAGUUGGCCCUUUGCUUGACGCCCUUGCUGCGCUGGGCGAUGCCCAAGUCGGGCUGCACCUGCUGCGAUCCUGUGCUGGCUACGGCCGCCUAGUUCACAGCAUGCGCCGGGCACACAUGGACCCAGAGGACAUCCACGUCUCGCUGGAUGCGAAGGAGGCCUGGCUGCAGGCGAUCUGGAAAGGGAGUGGGUUGAUUGGCCGACCUCGGAAGGAAAUAACCUUGAAGCUGGUUGAGCCUGUGGAUGAUGAGCAAGAGGUCCAGAAGGAAGCGGAAGAGGCCAGGAGAUUGACGGAUUGA